UCGCUUGCUUCCAGCCUGCCUCGAAAUGAAUCAUGUGGACACGCAUUUGUCUCCGGAAAACUGUUUGGUUUUUACAGUAAUGAUCGCAGAGAGUAUGGCGGGUUAUCGGUUAUUUAUACGGAGUCUUUAAAAUAAAUGCAUCCCGUAAAGAACCGGAGAUGACAUCAGCCUGAUGACUAGCGACGGUGCUGCGGAUUUUGGUGACGAAAACACGCUAGCUGGCCUGGGCGGACUUGUUAAUUAUGUUUAUAAAUACACAGACAGGGGAAGCAAAGGUUGAAAUCACGAAAUCUUUUAUUGCUGCUGUUAAUAUUUAUCAGACUGUCGCGCGAACGUCAAAUAUUGCGCAUAGCCUAAAGUACGAGGGUGCGUCUUGCAGAGUAGACGGUCAAUAAACGGGAUUGACGUUUGAUGCCAUUCUAUCAUCGGCCAAUUUGGAUAACCCUGCAGCGUUGAUGGUGUGUUUAGCCUACCAUGGAACGCCCUCCACUGCACUCCAGUGAAAGUGCAGCAUAAUCCACGGGAUUAUAAAUAUUGAUGCGCCUUGUCCAACCCUGACAAUGGGAUGCAUCAGGCUCUUCCUCCAGAAGAUGAGGCACAGGAUAAAACUGGAAUUGGUCAGAGAAUUGGGCCGCCAGUAUCCAGUCUUCUGCUUCCUCCUUCUCGUCUUGCUCUUGUCAACUGUUUUGUUGAACAGAUAUCUACACAUUAUUAUGGUUUUCUGGUCGUUCCUGGCAGGAGUUGUCACUUUCUAUUGCUCUUUAGGCCCGGAGACUCUUUUGCCCAAUAUCUGGCUGUCUAUUACGCCAAAGAGCAAGGAAGACCAGCAAGAGUUGUUCCCCUUAGGUCACAGCUGUGCAGUCUGCGGGAAGAUAAAGUGUAAAAGGCAUAGACCAACUUUACUACUGGAGAACUAUCAACCAUGGUUGAACUUAAAAGUUCCCUCCAAAGUGGAUGCCUCUCUUUCAGAGGUUUUGGAACUGGUUCUGGAGAACUUUGUGUAUCCCUGGUACAGGGACAUCACAGAUGACGAGGCGUUUGUAGAUGAGCUGAGAGUGACUUUACGUUUCUUUGCCGCUGUUCUCGUUCGCCGAGCACAAAAGGUUGAUAUUCCAGGUCUUAUCACAGCCAAACUGCUUAAAGUGUCCAUGAAGCACAUUGAAAUAAUCACCAAAGCCCGGCAAAAAGUGAAGAACGCUGAGUAUCUGCAGCAAGCCGCCCUGGAGGAGUACGGCCCAGACCUCCAUGUGGCCCUACGCAGUCGCAGAGAUGAGCUCCUCUACCUCAGGAAGCUGACCGAGAUGCUCUUCCCCUAUAUUCUGCCUCCCAAAGCCUCUGACUGCCGAUCUCUGACUCUUCUGAUUAGAGAGGUGUUGGCCGGCUCUGUUUUCCUCCCCGCCUUGGACUAUCUGGCCGAUCCUGACACCGUCAAUCAUUUGCUUCUCAUUUUCAUCGACAACUCUCCUCCGGAGGCCGCCAUGGAGCCCAGCUCAACAUUGGUUCCCUUCUUGCAAAAGUACUCAGAAAUCCGCAACAAGAAGCCCUCUGUUCUGAAGCUGGAGCUGAAGGAGGUCCGGGAGCACCAGGAUCUGCUCUUCCGCUUCAUGAACUUCCUGAAGCAGGAGGGUGCUGUGCAUGUGCUCCAGUUCUGCCUCACUGUGGAGGAAUUCAACGAUAAGAUUCUGUGUCCAGAGCUGUCUGAUUCUGAGAAGCUGAUGCUCCACGAUGAGGUGAAAAAGAUCUACAAGACUUACUGCCUGGAAGAGAGCAUCGACAAGAUCCGCUUUGACCCUUUCAUUGUAGAGGAGAUCCGGAAUAUUGCUGAGGGCCCCUACAUCGGCGUGGUGAAGCUGCAGACCAUGCGCUGCUUGUUCGAGGCCUACGAGCACGUCCUGUCCCUGCUGGAGAAUGUCUUCACACCCAUGUUCUGCCACAGCGACGAGUAUUUCCGGCAACUGUUACGGGGUGCCGAAUCCCCCGCCAGGAACUCUAAACUGAGCAGAAAUAGCCUGAGCUUGGAUGACAUCAGCUCCUGCGAGUGGGACUGCGCCCUGAACCCCGAGUCCCUGCCCGGCACCCCUGGGUUCACCGCCUCAACCGCGUCUGUCAACCACCACCUCCAUGUGCCGUCCAUUGUCGCCCUUCCAUCCGGCUCUUAUGGCUGUCUAACCUCGCGCCCUGGCUCGCUGAAGAACACCUCGAGGCGGGGCGAGUCGUUCGGUAUCAGCCGCAUUGGCAACAAGAUCAAGGGUGUGUUCAAGAGCACCACCAUGGAGGGAGCGAUGCUGCCCCCACACGGCCUGGCGGAGGGGGAGGAUGACAUGGUGGAGGAGGCGAUAAUGGUCCUGGAGGAUGACUCGCCCAUGGAGGCCAUCACAACCCCCACCACCCCCCGGAACCUUUCCGCCUGGACCAUCACCAUCCCCUACAUCGACUUCUACGACGAUGACGUCAAGAGGGAGAGGAUUCCUGUGUUCUGCAUCGACGUGGAACGCAACGACAGGAAGGCAGUUGGUCAUGAAACUGAGCACUGGUCUGUGUACAGAAGAUAUAUGGAAUUUUAUGUCCUUGAAUCAAAACUAACAGAGUUUCAUGGCUCAUUCCCCGAUGCCCAGCUCCCCUCUAAACGAAUCAUCGGCCCCAAGAAUUACGAGUACCUGACCUCCAAGCGGGAGGAUUUCCAGGCGUACCUCCAAAAACUUCUCCAGCACCCUGAGCUGAGCAACAGUCAGCUCCUGGCGGACUUCCUCUCUCCUCACAGCCGGGACUCUCAGUUUGUGGACAAGAUGCUGCCGGAUGUAAAUCUGGGGAAAAUAAUCAAAUCAGUACCCAGCAAACUGAUAAAAGAAAAAGGACAGCAUUUGGAGCCUUUCCUCCAGUCCUUUUUUAACUCCUGUGAAUCGCCUAAACCCAAACCCAGCUGGCCAGAGCUGACCAUCCUGAGUCCCACAUCGGAGAAUGACAAGAAGCUCUUCAAUGACCUCUUCAAAAACAACGCCAACCGAUCAGAGAGCACAGAGAAGAAACACAACCAGAACUAUUUCAUGGAGAUGAUCACAGUGGAGGGGGUCUAUGACUACAUGUUGUAUGUAGGUCGAGUGGUCUUCCGCAUCCCUGAUUGGCUGCAUCACCUGCUGAUGGGCGGGAGGAUCCUGCUGAAGAACACCCUGGAGGCUUACACGGACCACUAUCUGCAGCAUAAACUGGACAAGGUGUUCCAGGAGCAUCGUCUAGUCUCUCUCAUCACCCUGCUCAGAGAUGCUGUCUUCUGUGAAAACAAUGAGCCGCGUUCUUUGGAAAACAAGCAGAAAAGGGCCAAGAGGACAUUUGAGGAGAUGAUGAAAUAUAUUCCAGAAUUCCUGGGAAAGUGUAUCGGAGAAGAGGCUCGGUACGAGGGGGUUCGUCUGCUUUUUGAUGGACUACAACAGCCGGUUCUUAACAAACAGUUGACAUAUGUCUUGCUGGACCUGGCUCUUCUUGAACUGUUUCCCGAACUGAACAAGCAGCCAGGUCAGAAGGGGCCUAACAUGGCUCCCUGGAUGUAGCCAGAGGAUGGACAAGCUUUCGUUUCGGCAGCAUAUGAUUGAAGGCCAUUUUAAGUUGUUCACAUACACAGAUUCAACCUAAUGUAGGACUUAACAACAUGUAGAACUCCAAUAUAGAUUUUUUUUUUAAGUCCUAGAUUUGGCUUUAUCUGUGUCCAGAAAGUUGGCCACAAAUAUUUUAAUGAUGGUCUUAAGUUUUAUUUCUCGGACAGACAAGCAAACACGUUGAGAGACAAAAAAAUAAGAUGCUUUUUAAUUAGUAUCAUUGGGGGCUAUAGAGGCAGGACCACAAGUCCCAGAGUGCUUAGGGAUCAGUUAAUUCCUUGAAGCUGUGAGUUUUCCUGAUCUUGUAGGUUAACCUGAAGUGGCCUGAGAUGAUCAAGCGGGCUCCAGUGCUCAUGCACUGCUCCGGUGUGGGUUAAAAUCCAACGUACUACUCCUUCAGCACAAACUAAUUCAGCACUUUCCUGUCCAAUAAAAAAAGUUGGAUGAAAUCGGGUUGCAUGAAAACAGUAAACUAAACCUGUGAAAUGAAAUCCCUCUUUACAAAGAGACAACUAUUACGGUCUUGAGAAACACAGCGUAAGCUAUGAAUAUAUGGCAGUGCGUGGUUUUCUUUGACCAGUAUGGGAUCAGAGUGUAUAUAGGCUUUUCUCGGCAAUGGAAACAGUUGGCUUCAAUUGAUCAGAUUAACGAGUUAACAAAGCUUAAGGGAAAUCAGAAAAAACAAGCCUCUCUCUUUUCAAUGGUUUCGUGUAAAUAUUUUUUAUUAAAUCUUAUGAAAAGGUCAUGGUUGCCUGGAGCCCUGCUUAUCUUUACAACAUUUAGAGACUGGAAUCGCCACACAAUGUUACAAAUGAAAAGCUGUGCUGUAGGCACAAGUUAAAAUGACUGCUCAAUUUCCAUAUGUUAAAAUGUUAUUUCAAAAUGAUGAGAUCGUGUCAACCAAAAAAGAAUGUGGAUGACAGGCUUCCAUGGGUACAGCGCACUAGAUUUUUACUUAAUGCUCUGCUUGCUUAACCUGUCUUUUUUUAAUUUUUAUGGUCAUUUCCAAAAAUGCUGAUUCUCACAGGAAAUAACCAUGGAAAUACAGGAUGUGAUUGAACAUACACAUGAUUAUGCUAAUAAAAUAUUUAUUG